UUAGUCAGCCCCAACAUUAACGAUUUUAUUUUUAUAUAACAAACAAUUCCUGAUUCACAUAUUACAAUUUCCAAAUGAUGAUGUAUUUUGCCUUAAAUCUGGCCAAUUUUAUGGAUUAUUAAUCUGGAUUUAUAAUUGUAGAAUCUGAUGAGAAAUUAUUGAAAAGAAUAUUCUUCGUUCAUACAAUUAUGUUUUUAUUAUUUGUUGAAAAACUGUGAUCAAGAUUAAACACAGCUAUCAGCUGUCAUUUUCACUAUCGUAUGUCAUAAUUACAAGAAGCCUUUUCUAUUUCAAACUUACAGACUCAUUAAGCUUAACAGAUAUCUCACGAUUUGAGAUUGAUAACUAAUAUAUGUCCAUUCUUCGAUAAAGAAUUUCUUUUUUAAACAAAUCGCUGUUUUAUGAACUUCGGUCUCGUGGGUAUCUCAAUUGUUUAAUUCAAUGUUUCGAUAGAUUCGACAACAUCUGAAAGUAUACAGAAACCUCAUAUUGAACAAUGUCCAGUCCAACUAAAAAAAUUGAACAAAUGCAACAGCAUGCAAUUGAAUUAUCAUUAGAAGCUAUGAAUUUAUUCUCAUCUCAUGAUGAUAUAGCUGAUUAUGUUGCGAAAACAUUCAAAGAGACAUAUUCAGGUUGUUGGGAAUGUAAAGUUGGAACAACAUUUGGAAGCUUUGAUACAUGGGAUUUAGAAUACUGUUUUCGAUAUUUUGUGGACCAAUUGGCAUUCUUGCUGUACAAAUCAAAUUAAUCUCAUCUAAAUCUAACUUGUGUAAAUAAUUCGGAUCAUAUUGUACCUAUAAAAGUAUUUACAUCCAACCAAAUAUAUUGACAAGCAUUUUAUACUUCCUCAUAUUAUGUAUCAGCAUUGUAAAUAUUAAUGUAAAGUAGAAUAAAAUUUUCA